AGCGUUGCUCACCCGGCGGCUUCCGCUUCGUUAGUCCUCCUUCCCAACAUGGCGCAGUCGGUUAACAUUACCGAGCUGAAUCUGCCGCAGCUGGAAAUGCUCAAGAACCAGCUGGACCAGGAAGUGGAGUUCUUGUCCACGUCCAUUGCCCAGCUCAAGGUGGUACAGACCAAGUAUGUGGAAGCCAAGGACUGUCUGAACGUGCUGAACAAGAGCAACGAGGGGAAAGAAUUACUCGUCCCACUGACGAGUUCUAUGUACGUCCCUGGGAAGUUGCAUGAUGUGGAACAUGUGCUCAUCGAUGUGGGAACUGGCUACUAUGUAGAGAAGACAGCUGAAGAUGCCAAGGACUUCUUCAAGAGGAAGAUAGACUUCCUCACCAAGCAAAUGGAGAAAAUCCAGCCAGCUCUGCAGGAGAAGCAUGCCAUGAAACAGGCUGUCAUGGAGAUGAUGAGCCAGAAGAUUCAGCAGCUCACAGCCCUGGGAGCAGCUCAGGCAACUGCCAAAGCCUGAGAGCUUGUUUCAGAAAUGGGAUGGGGGUUCCUGCUUCAGGAGCCUUGGACUUUCUGAGCGUGGUUUCCUAGAAUGGGGGAGGAAGAGGGUCUUGUGUAUUAACUAAUAAAUGUGCCAGCUGGGCAGA